CAAAAAACAUGUGUAUGGUGUUUUUUUUGUUAGAAUUCCAUGGAUAGGAUUCAAACAGAACAGAACCAGAAGGAUUGGGUGUGUUGGUGUGAUUGGUAGGUCAGCUCAGUUCAUUGUUCUCAACAUGUCGAUGCUGCUGAGGAAGGCCUGGGAUAUGGUGUUGUGGAGAUCUGACUCGUCACCAUCAUCAUCAUCAUCAUCAUCCAUAUCAACAGCAACAACAACUGCAACAAGAUUUUCACUUGAAGUGGCACAUUCUGACAUGGGUGAAUUGGAGCAGCUACCCAGUGACAUCUUGAUGCAAAUUCUGAAGCUUUUGGGUCCAAAAGCGGUGGCAAAAUUAAGUGUGGUUUGCAAGAGUUUGAGAUCCAUUGCGUCUGAUAACAGACUUUGGAUAUACUUCCUUCAGACCCAUCAGGCUGAACCUUGGGAUUCUGUCUUCUUUGCUGAGACCACCUUGAGUUCUGGCUACCCUCUUCCAGCAUACGUUGGUCACUGGCCCCAGCUAUCAUUCAAGCAUAUUUAUGGCCAGAGAGCACAAGUUCCUGGUUCUAUUAUUAUUGAUGGUGGUUCUGGCUACUGCAAAUUUGGCUGGAGCAAAUACGAAUGUCCAUCUGGUCGAUCAGCAACAUUUUUGGAGUUUGGUAACAUUGAGUCUCCAAUGUAUACUAGGCUUCGACAUUUUUUUGCAACUAUUUAUAACAGGAUGCAGGUGAAACCAAAUAAACAACCAGUUAUUGUUUCGGUACCAAUAUGUCAUUAUGAAGAUACUCAAUCUGCAAAAGCUUCAAGACAACAGCUUAAAGAGGCAAUCUACGCAUCUUUGUUUGACAUGAAUGUUCCUGCUGUUUGUGCUGUCAACCAGGCCACUCUAGCUCUGUACGCUGCAAAACGAACUUCUGGAAUAGUUGUUAAUAUAGGUUUUCAAGUCACUUCUAUUGUUCCAAUUUUAAAUGGUAAAGUAAUGCGCAAGGUGGGUGUGGAAGUUGUGGGGCUGGGAGCACUGAAGCUUACAGGAUUUCUCAGGGAGAAGAUGCAGUUGAACAACUUAACUUUUCAAUCUUUGUAUACUGUUCGCACACUGAAAGAGAAGCUAUGCUAUGUUGCACUUGAUUAUGAAGCUGAGCUAUUAAAGGAUACAAACGCAUCAUAUGAGGCUGCAGGAGAAGGAUUUACCCUCUCAAAAGAGAGGUUUCAGACAGCAGAGGUCUUAUUCAAGCCUCAUUUUGCUGGAGUGCAAGCCAUGGGUCUGCACCAAGCAAUAGCUCUUUGUGUGAAACAUUGCCAUUUUGCAGAUUUACCAGGUGACAAUGAUUGGUACAAGACUAUAGUUUUAUCAGGGGGCACUGCAUGCCUACCUGGUUUGGCUGAGAGGGUAGAGAAGGAACUCCAUACCUUACUUCCUCCCUACAUGUUCAAUGGAAUUAGAGUCAUACCUCCUCCAUAUGGUGCUGAUACGCCAUGGUUUGGAGCUAAGAUUAUUGGCAAUUUGAGCACCUUUCCUGGUCAUUGGUGUGACAAAAAGCAGUUCCGUCAGAAGCCUAGACUCAGCCUCAUAUGGUGAUUAUCUUGAUAUAUAAUUUAUUUUAUCAAUUAUUCCCUCUAAGAACAGAAGAUCAGAAUUCUAGCAACUGCUCUAGCAUGUACAAAUACUAUGUUUUCCUCGUUGAUAAGAAGCCUUUAAUUAAUAUUUAGCCUGUUAAGAAUAAUGUAAUAAGGUUGAUGGCUACACUGCAAGUGUCAAGAAACUGUUGUAGUUGAAGAGCAAACCACAACAUGAGAGUUUUGCUGUAAGUUGAAAAAUGCUGCAAGAUUGGAAUGUAUUCUGGAUCUCCCUCUCACGUUUAUUGUUGAAGUGAGAUGUACCCUUUAAGAAUGACAUAAAUUUCUGAGAUGAAUUGCUCCUCAACUUGCAA